AUGGCUAUGAAUAUGCAUGUCGCGCUUCCUCUUUACAUGUACCCAUCAGCAGGGACAUGGCAACCGCUUUACGACGCUCUGAACAAAAAUCCUCAAGUCACUUUCGAUAUCAUCGUCAACCCCAACAAUGGGCCUGGAGGCUCUCCUCCAGACUCCAACUACAUCGCCAACAUCUCUCAGUUAAAUACGUACAGCAACGCCAACAUGCUUGGAUAUGUGCACACCAGCUAUGGCAAUCGCUCCCUUUCAGCUAUAUCAUCAGACAUCGAUACGUACCAACGCUGGUCCACAUACACGAACUACAACAUCUCACUUGGCGGUAUCUUUGUGGACGAGUCACCUACUACCAUGGACCACUAUAGCUACAUGGCCACCAUCUACAACAAAGUCAAAAGGACAAUGAAGCAUGGCAAUCUCGUCUGGACGAACCCAGGCGUCCCUGUUGACUCUUCCUUCUACAAGAUUGCCGAUAUGAUCAAUGCUUACGAGAACACCUACGAUUCUUGGAUGAAUGGAGGUAAUUCCAGUAUUCCGCAAGCACAGAGGAGCAAGAGCACGGUCAUGUUGCAUAGCUACCCCUCUGGCACCCACACCAUGGCAUCAGACGUCGAUGAGCUUGUAGAUGCCGGGUACUACGCAGGCUUGUUGAUCGUCAAUGAUCAGUAUUCGAGUUUUGAUUCGAUGUGGCCGACCUUCUGCUCCGAGGUUGGGCAGUCGAAUGCAGAUAUGAAAUGCUGA